CAUCCCAUUACAAUUCGUAGCAGAUCAGCUGAAGAGAUCACAGGCGAGAGCUAUAGGAGCUGUAGGAUUUGGCGCGUUAGCUCCGCCCCCUCCGCGCUCCAGAAGGUGGAAAAUCCCGUCUUAACUCAAAUCCCCAUUUCCGCCUCCAGUGCCCUUCACUCACACCGUCUCGUGCUGUUUCUUCCAGCAUUUUUUUUAUUAUUUUAUUUUACAAAUAUAUAUAUUUAAGUCAGGAUCCUCGGCUUGGUUUAAGCACUUGCUUUUUUACUCGGAGAUUCCUUGCUGAUCCCAGCGCACAUCUGAUCCAGUGGAUGCGACCCGAGCCCCAGCCGGUACCAGCUGAUCUAACUCCGAGACAGGUGCUGUAGACAUGAGACGCAGCGCGAUGGAGCCGCUGAUCGCAUGCUGAUGUUUGCGUCCACGAUGGAUUCUUGUAUGUCCGCCUUAAGCUUCCGAUUUCACGGCAUCAUAAAUGGAGGAGGAGAGUGACAACCGCAAGAUCAACAACAGCUUCCUUCGGGAUCACAACUAUGCAACAGAAGCUGACAUCAUCUCUACGGUUGAGUUCAACUCAACAGGGGAGCUCUUGGCCACUGGGGACAAGGGAGGACGUGUGGUGGUUUUCCAGAGGGAGCAGGAGAGUAAAAACCAACCUCAAAGAAGAGGAGAGUACAACGUUUACAGCACAUUUCAGAGCCACGAGCCAGAGUUUGACUACCUAAAGAGUCUCGAGAUCGAGGAGAAGAUCAACAAAAUAAGAUGGCUGCCUCAACAGAAUGCAGCUUACUUCCUUCUCUCCACCAACGACAAAACUGUGAAGCUGUGGAAGAUCAGUGAGAGAGAUAAAAGACCAGAGGGCUACAAUCUGAAGGAUGAAGAUGGGAGGAUCCGAGACCCUGCCACCAUCACAUCGCUACGGGUUCCCGUGCUGAGGCCGAUGGACCUCAUGGUGGAGGCGACGCCCAGAAGGGUUUUCUCCAACGGCCACACGUACCACAUCAACUCCAUCUCAGUUAACAGUGACUAUGAGACUUACAUGUCCACAGAUGAUCUUAGGAUCAACCUGUGGCACCUGGAGAUUACCAACAGAAGCUUCAACAUCGUGGACAUUAAGCCGACCAACAUGGAGGAGCUGACUGAGGUGAUCACAGCAGCAGAGUUUCACCCUCACCAGUGCAACACGUUUGUGUACAGCAGCAGUAAAGGCUCCAUCCGCCUGUGUGACAUGAGGGCCGCCGCGCUCUGCGAUAACCACUCCAAGUUCUUUGAAGAGCCCGAGGAUCCAAGCAACCGGUCGUUCUUUUCUGAAAUCAUCUCAUCCAUCUCUGAUGUCAAGUUCAGCCACAGCGGACGCUACCUGAUGACCCGGGAUUAUCUGACGGUUAAGGUGUGGGACCUUAACAUGGAAAGCAAACCUCUGGAGACCUAUCAGGUACAUGACUACCUGAGGAGUAAGCUCUGCUCGCUGUAUGAGAACGACUGCAUCUUUGACAAGUUUGAGUGCGUUUGGAACGGAUCGGACAGUAUGAUCAUGACUGGCUCAUACAACAACUUCUUUCGAAUGUUCGACCGCAAUACGAAACGAGACGUGACUCUAGAGGCGUCGCGAGAGAACAGCAAGCCGAGGGCCGUCCUGAAGCCACGCAAGGUGUGCAUGGGCGGGAAGCGGCGCAAAGAUGAAAUCAGCGUCGACAGCCUGGACUUCAGCAAGAAAAUCCUGCACACCACCUGGCACCCUUCAGAGAACAUCAUCGCCGUAGCCGCCACUAACAACCUCUAUAUCUUCCAGGAUAAGGUCAACUAACACCGGCACAGCUUAAAUGGCCCUGCGCACACACACACACACACACACACACACACGCAUACACACUCAUAUACCCACACACACACAAAGACAGGCAGACUAAAGUGCCUGAUCACUGCAUGGGGCCAGGGUUUGGCUGCAGGAGCCAUGAUGCUGGUGGAUUGUGGAUUUUUUUGUGCUGAGAGAAGCUGGGAACGGGAGCUGGAGCGGGAUACAAAGAGCAUGACUGGACCGAAAUUUAAGACGCACACUUACCGUGCACUGGCGAGUGUGUACAAGAUGCGCUCUGCUGUUUUGAGUAAUCGUAUUGUUUUUCUUCCCCAUAUCCACAAUUCUUCUCUUUCUUCUUACUACCCUUUAUUUAUUCUAUUUAUUUACUUCUCCAUUUGAAAGAAAUGCCUGAUGUUCUAAAAUUGAAACAGGGCUGCAUUUCAUUACAGCAUUGUUUUAUUAGUAUUAUCAGGUCUAACAGAUCUAACUCUAAGGACCGUGUCAGUAAGCUUUGUGUGCUCUGUUUUCCAUCGACUCUCGCAUCAGUGCCCAUGCUUGUGACACCAAAGGGCAUCUUUUAAUGAAGCUGACAAAGGUCUAGAUAGAACGGACACAAUUCCAUUCCCUAAUGCCCUUCAUCCACGACACAGCCGUCAAUGAAACUGAACCGGACUUCGGACGCGGCCGUGCACGCUGAUGCCGAGGCCAUACACAAUCACUGGACAUGACUGUAAUUCUUUGCCACCUGAUUCUUUGAGAACACGGUGGUGUCAGUGGUCUGAAGUCAUCAACGUUGCUGUUUUAUUCGUCUUUUUAUGUUAAUGUUUCAUUUAAUAAGCUGUGGUGCCUUCUUUUUCGUAUGUGGACUUGAGAGCAGUUGGGAAGGGAAUUGAUGGGUUGAUGGGAUCCUGUUUUUGGGUGGUGUGAUAUGUUGGUUUGUGGAAUGUGACUGUUUUUUUUAUGAAAUGUGGACUGAAUAGCUUUGUGUAGAAAAAAAAAAGAAUGAAAAUGAUGUAUCAAAGUACACAAGAUGUAGGUACUUGAAUUUUGCAAAACAGGUCAUGAUGUCAGCUCUUGUAGGCUUUUGAUUUAAAGUCUAUGUCCCUGGAUUUGACUCAUUUGACUCAGCGCAGUGUUAGGAGGAAGCUGUUAUUGCACUCGUGACGAAUCGCUCUAAUUAACUAAGAGAAUGUCUGCUCAGCAGAGUGCAAACUGCAGCAUAAAAUACUUUUGCCACUUUUUCAAACAGCUCACGUGUUCCACUGUUGUGCAUUUUCUCUCAGACAGCUAAUGCACCAUCCUCCUUUUUCAUGUUUCAUGAUGUGGAAGAAAGCGAAAGGAUGGCGAAUAAUGUAGCCUAACUAGACAAGAAGAAUAUAUGAUAUCAGGGAAUUUUAGGUACAAGUCCUUUAAAAAAAAAAUGUAACAUCUAACCAAUUUCAGUUGUGAACUUGUUAAAGAAACAAAGUUUUAUAGCUCAGAAUGUAUUUAAAUGCAAUUGAAUGACAUGCAGUCUUUAUGCUUAAUGGAAUUUGUUGAAAUAAAAAAUGAAAACAUGUGCAAGUUGAAA